AUGAUAUCCCGCUUCUCUCGCCUCCCUACUCUUUCCACAGCACUCUUUUCUUUCAGCAAGGCGACUCACUCGCAAAUACAAAAAUAUAUACGUUUUAUACUCGGCAACGCUCCCGGAAACAGCGGAAGAGGAAGCACUGUAAAAAUUCCCCGCGGUUUCCGUCUGCUGGAGGAACUGGAAGAAGGUCAGAGAGGACAUGGCGAUAGCACUGUUAGUUGGGGCCUUACCAGUGAUGAUGAUAUGACCCUUACUCACUGGACUGCCACCAUCAUUGGCCCCCCUAAGACUGUCUAUGAAAACAGAAUAUACAACCUGAGAAUCGAAUGUGGACCCAAAUAUCCUUAUCAUCCUCCACAUGUACGCUUUGUGAACAAGAUUAACAUGGUUGGAGUACAUGCAUCAAAUGGUGUUGUGGACGUAAAGGCUCUGCCCUCCUUGUACAGAUGGAAACACUCGAGCAAGAUGUGUGAUGUACUCAUGGAGCUCAAACGGCAUAUGACAUCAAAAGAAAACUACAGGCUUUCCCAGCCACCCGAGGGCCAAACAUACAACUGA